AUGUCCACAAGCACAUCAUAUGCGAGGCAUAUCUCGUUUGAUGAUUUGGCCCCAUCGCUCAUUGACGACCAAGCGAAGAUCAUAAGGGAAACUAGUCAACACAUUGGGUUUUACAAUCACUUCAUCAAGGUACCACCACAGUAUAACCCAGCGUAUAGGAAUGCGGUAGGGAGUGGUGAUGCGAGUCCCUUAAGACAACAGAACCACGAGUUAGACAGCCGCAAGCUGACUAGUAAGCUCGAUGGUAUGCACUUGGCCCCACGCGGAAGAUCUGCACUUGGGACUAGUAACAGGAGCAGAAGUGUGUCGCCAUUUAUACACUCGCCAAAGGUAACUAAUGCACCGAGAUUGCCACCUCCACCGGAACAGAAAAUUCUGAAAAUGAAAGAGAUCAAAGUUGAUGAGCCUGUAGAGAUAGAAGAUAUAGAUAUUAGUGAUGUUGAUCCUAACCUCGAGAAGCACAUUAAAAAAGUCACUGAAAGUAACACACAAACGAAUUCAGGUUCCAAUCAUGGAUAUACACAAAAUGCAUUCUCGAAUUUAAACGAAUUGGAGGAUAGAAUAGAUGUUAAGAACAAUAAGACCUCACAACCACCAGUAGGUGAAGAAAAGAAAAGGUCAAAAUCUUUUGCAGGAAUGACAGAUGCAGAAUUGGCACAACUGGAGGAUUUCUAUACAUCUCAAGCUCGUUCGACUUCUGUUUCGAACCAGAUGAACAAUUUUGAUUUCGGUAAGCAAAUUCCUGUGUUUUUCGAUGAUUCUAAGAAAAAUAACAAUGUAAAUGCAAACUUGGCUUUGGAGUCGCUGGCGGCUAUUUACCCGACAAGGCCAACUAUUACUUAUAAAUCGAUGUCACUGAAUUCACAACAUCCAGAAUAUACGGCUUUCAUGAAAAAAAUGAGAAAGCACGUACCUUGUCGAGAAAAAGAACAUACUAUAGAUUACCGAACUAUUAUGUGCUACAUUUCUGGUAGAAGAUAUACUUGGUCAAGUGUGGAUUGGUAUAUCGAAAAUGUGGCUGCUGAUGGUGAUCAUCUGGUUAUAGUAUCUAGAGUACCUGAGUUUGAAAAAGAACUAGAAACCCUUUGUAACCAGGAGAAAAGAAAAAGCAAACUCCAGCAGAGAAAUUCAGAUAGAUCUGAUAGAAUAUCGGUAUACUCUGAGAGUCAUACUCUAUCUAGUACACCUUCUAGCGAUCCAGAUGCUGUGACACCAUCAACUAUUGGUUUUAGAGCAGAAGCCAUAAGAGAUAGGGCCCGUGAAGUCUGUAGGGAAUUGCUAGAUUAUUACGCUUAUAGACUAAAAGAUAAGAUAACUAAAAUUACUGUCGAAAUUGUAAAGAGUGAUUCGACAAAAGAUGCUAUCACAGGUGCAGCAGGCGUGUAUGCUCCAAAUUUUCAGAUUAUUAGUACUGUUAGCACCAAUACUCAAAUCAAAUUCCGGAAUGGUAAUGUGAAACUACCAUUUUUUGUCUUAAAACAUUACCCAAUGCCAACAUUUCUAAUCCCAUUUGAAUUCAUUGACCCCAGUCUCCUAGAUAAGGAUUAUUUAUCACCAGAGUCACACGGUUCAGUUAAAGUGUCUUAUGUAGAUGAUUACGAACGUGUUGACCUUGACAGCAGAUUAACCUGGCUUGACCAAGUGAUUAAGAAGACGACAAAGAAUCCUUACGCCCAAAACUCUGAUAAGCCUAUUGAUCCCAUCUGUGACUCAGAUAGUGAAGCAGAAUCUGUUGCAUCGUUUACUGGUGAUCUUCCUAUUCAAGACAAGAAACGUUAUGAAGAGUUUGAACAUUUGGGAUAUGUGAUGCCAGCACCAAUGAGGCAACUACUCGCCAAAAGAUCAAAAUUAGUUUAUGAUAUAGAUGGUAAACGAUUAGCACCUGAUAACACCUCUCGUGGCUCUGGCCGUAGCUCAAGGUUGUAUUUGAAUGAUGGUGGAAUGUAUCGAGUUAAAUCUAUGGUAGAUUCUGUCCAGACUUCAGAGACGGAUGGUGAAAAUGACCGUUCUAAGAUGAAUCAGAACACCCUAAAUAAUACUGGUAUUCGAAAAGUGAAGUCCUCUGGUGGUCCUAUUUUCCUGACACCACCUAUGCCGGGAUCAACUAAUCGUCCUCCAAAGGGAAGAAAGCAUAGUGAUACUUCCCUCAAGAAGGCUAAAAGUCAUGAUCCCACGUCAAAAAGCAGUACACCGCUUUCACUACCCAGAGCAAGUUCCAAUGGCAAAUCUAAGAAAACUGAUAGUAGCAAGAAUUCGAGCUCAAGUUCCAGUAAGAAGAGCAUUGGAUCGAUGUUCAAGAAAGUAUUUUGGUAG